GUGAUUGGUUUGAUCCCAAUCAAGGGACUGUAGAAAACCAAUUUGGCAUGGUAGAAGUCAAACAUGAGCUCAAAACAAGUGCAUGUAGCAAAUUUGUUCUUGCUCACCAAGUUGACCAGGUGUACUACAUACCGUAUCCAUCUAUAAAGCUGGAAGCCACAUGGGUAGUGUACAAAGUGAAUCCUCGUGAACAGUUACACACCAAGGGUGAAUGGUUCGAGGCGGAAGUUGAAGAAAUUUACCAAGAAGAUGAACUUCCGACCAAUUUUAAUAUAGAUACUGAGGUUUUGCCAGAAUCAUUAGUGGGAGAUCCUGAAGAUGUAGUAAGUCCCAAAAAACGGAAACGGAAGUCAAAGAAGAAAACAUCGAAUCGUAGAAAACAAUUUGAUCCUGAUUUUGAAUACGACUAAAAAGUAAUUAUAUAUUUAUUGUUCAUUUCAAUACAUUAUGUUCAUUUACAUUAUGUUCAUUUCAAUACAUUAUGUUCAUUUACAUUAUGCUCAAUUACUAAUUUGAUUUUGUUUUAAUAACAGGAUGUCUAAAAAGGUCAAGCAGCUCGCUAAGGGACUAGCGAGGAGAGCCUCCAUUUUUGGGAGAAAGGAGGACUUAGUGUUCCAGGGCACUAGUUCAAGCUCGAGCAGGCGUAGAGCUUUGUUGGAGCAUGUUCCAGAGUUGCAGGGUCAGGCAGUCGGCGUACAGAGGAAUGAGGAUGAGCCUGAAGAUGAGGAAGAGACAGAGGAGUGGAGACAAGUGGAAGAUGAGGAAGAGACAGGGUGGGGUGAAUGGCCCAAUGAUGGAGGGUCGGGAGUUGGGGGAGCUAGUGGGUCAAGGGAAGGAGAAGCUGGUGUUUCAGGUGGAGGUUCUGGAAGCGGGGGAGUUGGAGGGUCUUCACGGGUCCGGAAGCCGCGGAAGACUAGUUGGAUCCCCCCUCCUAAAGAACCAGUUAACAAGGUUGAGAUAAUCCCGAGUGGAGAUGGGGCUUGGCUGGAUAGUAGUUUCACCGGCAAAGAUCGUGUAAGGCAAGUAAAUAAAGUGUUGGGCAAUAUCUGUCGUAUGAGAUGGCCUGGAUUGGUGAUUGAGAAUGGUAUUGAGGUCCCUGUCACAAGAUGGGAUCAAUACGGCCUUGCGGUUAACGCGCAACAUGGGAAUGCGCAAGGUGCAGUUUGGCACGACUUCUGGGUAUGUUUAUCUAUCUUCUUGCGAAGUUAUCAGCUCAAUGAUUGAUUCAUAUUAUGGAUUCUUGACUAUGUUUCUUUUUCAGAAAUAUUAUAAGUUGCCUGAUGGAGAUACUCAUACCGAGCAUGCACACUCCGUGUUCCAUAAGAACGCGGCAGAUGUUGUUGCGGAUAUGAUGUACUAUGUUCGAAUCCAGGUGAUUAAUCAAGCUAUGUUGAGUAGUGAAGGACGACGAGCAACCAGUAAGAGCGAGGCGUCACAAUAUGGACUUUCUAUGACUGAGCAAGAUUUUCUUCAGGUAAUUGAUGUUUUUGCU